AUAGCUAUAUCUAGUGGUCAGGUUUUUAAAAAAAAAAAUUAAAAAAGCGUUCAGAUUUAAUUUCUGCUUCUUUUUUCUUUUUUUUGCAACACCUCCUUAUUUGUAGAUUUCCGUUACGAUACGCCCCUUUGCCUACGAUAGCCAAUGAAAUUGUGAGGCAUGAACUCUACAAGCCAAUGGCAACGCUGCUGUCAGCUGGACUUCCUGGCUUGGUUUGUAUUUCUAUAUUGAUCAUGGCUGCUGAGGGCGAUUUCCUGGCGAGAUACCGAGCUGUGUCAAAUAAACUGAAAAAACGUUUUCUCCGGAAGCCCAAUGUAGCUGAGGCAAGUGAGCAAUUUGGUCAGUUGGCCAAGGAGCUGAAGCAGCAGGACUGCCUUCAGUAUGCGGCCUUCUGUAACCUGGCUAUGGCUCGGUGUGAGCAGACUCUCUUUAAUGCUCCUGGAGAGGCCCUGGCAUUAACCGAUGCUGCCCGCCUCUUUCUCACAUCUGAGAAGGAGAACAGAGCCCUGCAGGCCCCGGGCUUUGAUGAACACCUUCAGGCUGCACUAAACUGCUACAGUUUUGCCAUCAAGGUGUACAUUGAGAUGAACCAGCCUGUGAUGGCAGCCAGCCUGUGUUUGGAACUUGGCAACGCGCUCAAGGAGAUGAACAGACCAGGAGAAGCUAUUGUUCAUUAUCAGAGGGCUGCAGAGUUACAGACACAGACGCCAAUUGAAGCUCUGCUCUCAAUGGGAGAAAUGGCCACGUGUAAAAUUCUUACCCGUGACUAUGAUGGUGCUUUGUCAGUGUUCACAGAGAUGCAGCUGGUGUGCCAGGAGAGAGGACUGCAGCUUCCCGGCACCACCAACCCUGUUGGUGCUUUUCUGGACAUUGUGGCAAAAUGUGAGAUAUCCAGAGUGCUACUGCUGAUGUUGCUUGAGCCUCCACCUCAGAAGUUGUUACCAGAACAUGGCCAGACCCUGGAGAGAUAUGCAUGGGAGUCUUUUGAUCCUCACAGCCAAGUGACCUUCUUGCCUGAGAAUGUUUUCCUGCUCCUGCAGUCAGUAGUGAUGGCGUGUCAAGAGAAAGACACAGAGUCUCUUAAGUCUCUCCAGACUGAGCUAUGGCCGUUUCUGACUGCUGAGCAGAAUCAUCUUCUCCACCUGGUGGUGCAGGAGCGUAUCACACCGUCUGGUCAAGGCAUUUAGCGCAGUCCAGUUUUUACUCACUUCCUCUGGGAACGAUACUUUAUAUAAUGGAACAUUCCUGUUUCUGACUGGGUCUGUUGUAAGGCCUGAAGAAGGGUUGUUUUCAAAACUUCAGUGUUGUAACUUUGACUCAGAGAAAUGCACACAAUACUUUAUCCCUACUGAGUCACGCAGAUUUGGAAAUUAGUGAAAAUUGCCAGGAUUCUAAUGAAAGACUAAAAUUCAGUGUGCUCCUGUUUGAGUGAAUGCUACAAAAUUGAAUCACUUCAUAUAUAUUUAUUAUGUAAAAGUGACUGUUUUGGAUCUUGUAGAAUGUAUUCUUUUUAUAGCUGUUUAAUAGAUAAAACAUGAAUGCUUUGUGUUAUAAUUUGUUUUAUUCAUAAAUGACAUGGCUUAAAUUCCAAUGCAAAUAACAAACACAACCUUCUAUUGCAUAGUUCUGUAUUAUGGUGAAAUGAAACACCAUUGUCCUCCA